GACAUGUGCUAACACAGGGAUUUUGUCAUUUUGAGAUUUCUUCCUAGAAAUUUUGGUUUUCCUCAGGUGUGAGUCUCUUAUAAAGCUCUGGCCAGGCCAUGUGUGAGGUUUAGGGAAGAGCUGAAGAGAAGAGAGCUAGACUCACUUUGUGGAUCUAACAUUCUGUACUGCAAAUUCAUAAAGAGUUGAGGCACAAGAAUCAUAGUACUGAUUUAAUGGGGCAUUUUUCGUCCGUGUUCAACGGGUUGGCGAAGUCAUUUGCAAUGAAGAAAGGGAGGAGUUCUGGUAGAUGUAGCGGGAGAGAAGCUGCAGAAGCAAUGGCAAAGGAAGCCAAAAAGAAUCACUCCAUACUUAAGAGCUCUGGCACCGUUGAUGUUGAUGGUUCAAACAACUUUGCAUCAGUUUUCUCCAAAAAAGGCCAAAAAGGAGUGAAUCAAGAUUGCUGCUUAGUGUGGGAAGAAUUUGGGUGCCAAGAGGACAUUAUCUUCUGUGGAGUUUUUGAUGGGCAUGGGCCAUGGGGUCACUAUGUUGCUAGAAGAGUGAGGAAAUCAAUGCCAGCAUCUUUGCUAUGCAACUGGCAAGAGAAACUUUCCCAAACUUCACUUGAUCCAGAUGUUGAUAUAGAGUCACAGAAAAAGCAAUACAGAUUUGAUGCAUGGAAGCAUUCUUACUUGAAGACUUGUGCUGCCAUUGAUCGAGAACUACAGCAGAAUCGCAAGAUAGAUUCAUUUUACAGCGGCACAACAGCCGUAUCGAUUGUUAGACAGGGUGAAGUAAUUGUGAUUGCAAAUGUUGGUGACUCUCGUGCUGUAUUAGCUACAACAUCAGAUGAUGGAAGUUUGGUACCAGUUCAGCUGACAGUAGAUUUCAAGCCCAAUUUACCUCAGGAGGCAGAGCGAAUACUUGAGCACCAAGGAAGGGUGUUCUGCUUAGAUGACGAGCCCGGAGUUCACAGGGUGUGGUUGCCGGAUGAAGAGUCCCCAGGACUAGCCAUGUCCAGGGCUUUUGGUGACUACUGUGUGAAAGAGUAUGGUCUAAUUUCAGUGCCUGAAGUAACACAAAGGAAUAUAACCAGCAAAGACCAAUUUGUUGUGCUGGCCACUGAUGGGGUGUGGGAUGUGAUCUCCAAUGAAGAAGCGGUGGAUAUUGUAUCUUCCACAGCAGACAGAACAGACUCAGCAAAACGUUUGGUGAAGUGUGCAAUGCGUGCAUGGAAGAGAAAGAGGCGGGGUAUUGCCAUGGAUGACAUUUCAGCUAUUUGUCUCUUCUUUCACUCUUCAACUUCAUUUGACCAAGUUGCUUCAGUAAAUUAAAUAGAUUUUCAUGUAAAAUUUGGUUGGUCAAGUUUUGACAUCAAUGAAAAGUUCUUGCUGAGCAAAUAAGGUUUCUUUAUUUGGCUUCUCAUACAAUUUCCAUGUCUAGAAAUUUAUUAAUUAUAAGGCCAAAAUAAUACACAAAUUAGGUUAUGCUGUAGCAUUCUUUUAUUUCUUUCAUGAGGAUGGGCUAUGCUAACGGAGCAUGUAAACUAUCUUUGAAUAUUGGUCAGCAGUUGUGCAAACAAACGCUAAUAUUUAGUUUGAGAUAAA